AUGACUUCAACACUCUCAUCACUCUCUAGUCAGUUGUUGAUCAAGAUAUUCAAUUAUGUACUGCACCCCUUUGAGUUCUGUAACAAUCGUGUUCGUAACGAUCGUAGCUACUGUUACAUCGAUCGCUAUGACAAUGUGAACAACGUGGUGGCGCGCUACGGUCUGUUGGCCAAACGAUUCGCACGAGACAUCGUACCGCGAUUGACUCCUCGACUACAGCUCUUCAUACAAGAUGGCCAGGACCUGCGUCGAAUGCUUCGUCUGGCACAGCACGGCUUGCUCGAUGGCCGCUCCAUUCAGUUUGGCCACAUUGACGUCACGCGCUACUCCCUGACCAAGCAGCGUGGUUGCAUGGCUAUCAAGGGCGUGGAGUUGCCCUCACUCACCAUGCCUUCGAUGCCCUUGAUCCGAAGCAUAUCGAUCGAGUCGAUGCUGUCCUCGCCCAACUUCCUUCUUUCACUCAUACGCUACACGCCACUCACUCGUCUCUCCCUAUCAACUUGCGACUUCUCCGUCGACCAGUAUCCCGACCUCGUCAGUGUGUUGACCGCGCUCACAUCCACCACACUCUCAUCACUCAAGCUGUUCCAUCCCUUAAUGAUAUCACAUAUCGUCCAGCAGCAAAGCAGUGGCGACAGCAGCAGUAGCGGCGACUUUAUCCAACAGCUAACAGACAGAUACCUUCAGUCGUCGACUUGCUACCAAGCUUUGACCAAUCUCAGCAUCACUGGAUACUCUGAACACAGUUUAAUUUCACUGCUCAAGCUGCCCAACCUCCGUCUCACCAAGUUGAAGCUAUACGCGACGAGCAGUUUGGACGAGGAGCUGUGUCGAUGCAUUGCCCGCCUAGUCAGUCUCGAGUCGUUCACAUUCUGCAGCAACAAGAUUGACUUCCGCUCGACAUCCCUCCACGAACUGCCCGCACAGCUGCCCGCGCUCACCAAGCUCAACCUCUCCAACAUCUUCCAAGAGGAGGCCAGUCACUUGAGCACCAUGCCCAUGCCGCGACCCCUUUCAUUCUUCCCGAUCUUCCCCUCAUUGAACACACUGAUACUGAGUCACUUCAACAUACCCGAGUCACUGGUUAUCACUAUCUUCUCUGGCCUUCAACAGCUACAGCACUUGCAGACACUGAUCAUUGAGAGCUUCUACACGAUCACUACGACGGCCAUGCAACAUCUGGCCAAGUUCUUUGCGACCAACAAGUCAUUGGAGACCAUCUCACUCAUAUCAUUGAGCUACGACGAGCCAUUCGACCUGAUAUUCCUGGCGCUGAGGGAUCAUCCAGCUCUCAAGAACCUCAGGUUCACGCCAUUCUACAAGAAUCGAUUCCAACUCAAUGACAAGGAGUCCAAGGACAUCGAACAGUUCAUCGACACGUGCUCCACACUGCAGACAUUCCAGUUCUACCAGGUCAACUUCCCACCAUCAGUGAUGCGAGCACUACUCACACAUCAAGGUCUGCACACGAUUGAGGUUGGCAAGCUGACCAGUGUCAAUGCCAUCACCGAACUGCUCUCGACCAAUCACUCGAUACGACAUGUAAAGUGCACACUCGUGGAGGCUGUUGACGUGGAUGUCUUGGCAUUCCUGCGAUCGAUCAGUCAACUAAAGAUUGGCGAACUACAUACACUCAGUCUCUACCUCAUUGUCUCGAGUGAGGAGUUGAUCGACUACCUAAUCGACAUGCUAUUCCUUGCCAAGGCACCCAACUACUUUGUCAGUCUAUCACUCAAACUUGAUCCAUACUGUCCAGAUCAGGCAGUCAACAGACUGUUGAAUCACAUCAUACCAUCCUACAACAAUUUCAAAGACGAUAACAACAAUAAUAACAACAACAACAACAAUAGUGAAGACGACAGUAAUAUCAAGAGAACAACAAGUUUGGAGAAGUUGAGUAUUGAACGAGUAUCAUCAGUUAAGCAACCAAUAUGCUUUGGACGAAUAUCCAAACACCUGGAGCGAACACAACAAUCACAGCCACAGCCAUUCCCAAUCAAAGAAGACUUCCUCCAUGUACUUUUCCAAAAGAACCUCCUAUCCGAAUGGGAAUAA